GUGAGUAACGCUGUGGCCAUUGUCKGGCCUCCAGGUCAUCAUGCUGAGAGAGACUCUCCCUGCGGUUUCUGUCUCUUCAACUCUGUUGCUCUUACUGCACGCUAUGCACAAAACGUUUCCCAUGAUCCUUUGCUGCGAGUCCUGAUCCUGGACUGGGACGUUCACCAUGGCAACGGGACGCAGCACCUGUUUGAAGAAGACGACAGCAUCCUCUACAUCUCUCUUCAUCGCUACGACAAAGCAGCGUUCUUCCCACAUUCAGAGGAUGCUGCCCCCGACCGGGUGGGCGUGGCCAAAGGGGUGGGGUAUAACGUGAAUGUGGCAUGGAGUGGAGGAAGAAUGGGUGACUCUGACUACCUCGCAGCUUUUCACCAUGUUGUCAUGCCAAUCGCUACAGAGUUUAACCCUGGCCUGGUUCUGGUGUCGGCUGGGUUUGAUGCAGCUCGAGGUGAUCCGCUGGGUGGAUAUCAGGUGACUCCAGAGGGUUACGCCCACCUCACACAUAUGCUGAUGUCACUGGCCGGGGGGCGUGUCCUCAUGGUCCUGGAGGGAGGUUAUAACCUGACCUCCAUCUCUGAAUCAAUGGCAAUGUGUACCAGCGUGUUGCUAGGUGACCCUCCUCCCUCCCUGGCUAUGCCCCUCCCCCCUCCUCAUCACUGCGCUGUCUCAGCCAUCACAGAGGUCAUCCGACACCACGCCCCCUACUGGAGAUCCCUGAGGAUUCACAUUCCAGAGUCAGUGUGGUCAGCCUUGCCCUCCUCAAAGCAUCGUGGGAAACGUAGUUCUAAAGUCAAAGACAGGCUGUCUGACAAGCUGCAGAUACCCCCCGCUGAAGCAGAGCUGUCCAAGAACGAAAGCAGUCUGGAGCAGCUCACUCAGGGAUUGGCCACUUUGGACAUCAGUCAACCUCCAACCAAGCAGGUAGCUCCUGCUGUCUCUUCCCCAGUGGGUGGAGCCGAGAUCUGUCCGAGCUCUGAGAAGGCGGAGUCAGAAGGCAGUCAUUCCACAGAGUGUACACUGCCUCAGAGUCCUGACGGAGCAGAGGGAGCGUGUGGUUGGUCAAAGCCUUUGCUGUCUCUGGAGGUGACAUGUGACGCUGAUGUGGGCGGAAACACUCUGUAUGUUGUGGAUCCUCUGCCCUGGUGUCCUCACCUGGACGCUGUUAGGCCCCUCCCCCCCUCAGGUAUAAACAUCUUCCUGCCGUGUGAGAACUGUGGCUCAGACACUGAGAACUGGAUCUGCCUCACCUGCUACAAGGUGUACUGUGGUCGUUAUGUUAACGAGCACAUGGUGACCCAUGGCUUUGGGUCAGAACAUCCGGUGGUUCUGAGCUUUUCGGAUCUGUCCGUUUGGUGCUACCUGUGUGAGUCCUACGUCCAUCACCAGAUUCUCUUUGAAGCUAAAAACUCCGCCCACAUUGCCAAGUUUGGAGACGAGAUUCCAGCGUGGAGCUGAGAGGAAGAGGAGGAGGAGCCAGCAGCGCCGCCGCCUUUCUGCCAAUGACUGAAGGAAGAAAACAGUUCAGAACCAGCAGGUUGCUGGUUCAAAAUCCAGCUUUUAUUUUGAAAAUCCUGUUCAAAAACAGUUUGU